AUGUCGACCUCUUCCGAUCCACCUCCGCGCGCACCUCGGAGCCAGUUCUUGCAGAAGCUCCAUGGCCUGCUCGAGCACCCUCUCGACUCGACCGGCCUGCGAUGGGUCACGGACGAUUCGUUCGAGGUCAGCUCGAAGGAUGCUGUCGCGAUUCACGCGCUGAGUCCCGCCUUCGAGUUCAACUCACUCAGCAGCUUCAUCCGUCAACUCUCGUACUACUCCUUUCGACGGCUCUCGGACCGUCGCAGGUCGACGGAACGGCGGAACUCGAACACUGGUUACAUCCUCUUCACGCAAGUUCUGCUUCGUCGCGCACGACCGCGACCUCGGCUGAUCCACCUCAUUUACAGUCACCCGUCUGGCUUCUUCGUCCGGGGAGACCCCUCGAAGCUCACCCAGAUCGUUCGCAAACCUCGGAACCGGCCGGAGAAGGGCAGGAGGGUUAGCACGACGUCGUCGAUGGCGUCGGACGAGAUGCCCAUCGCGUACGAGCCGCCUGCCGUCCCGCAUCUCCCGGCCUGGACGACUGCGCCAGAGUACCAGCGACCACCGUUCUCGGCGCGGACGUCGGUCAACCUUCCCAGCCUCAGCUCGUCGUUUGCGUCUCGGAACGAGUUCGUGCAGUGGCGCAACUAUGCCCCGACGACUGGCGGAUGGCUCGACCCGAACCGCGCCGACGCCUCAGAUCGCUUCUCUGCAAUGCCGCGCCGGUCCAGUUUGGGUGACUUCAAGCUCGCCGCUCCGACCUUCUCGUCAGGUCUUCCCGGCGUACAGGAAGCGCGACCACCGUUGCGGAAGGCUGCAUCGUCCCUCACUGUCCAGACGCAGAACCUCGUUCCCCAACAGCCUUACUUCGAGCCGGCCUCGGAGGACUGCCAGCCGGGAUUCCGCCCUUCACCCUAUCCGACGCCGACGUUCAGCCCGACUACGAACACCUUCUUCACUGCCACCAACGGAUCUGCGCAUGACUACUACGCCGCACCUGCCGCUGGACCGGCGUGGACUCCUGCGCAGCAUGUCCAGCAACACUCGCACGUCGCGUACGACCCGUCGCCUUUCCCCCCAGCCUAUCAGCCAAUCGCGCCCACCAAGAUUACGCCUACCCACGACCAGCUUUCAUACCAUACCCCUUCGCCCGAUGCAUCGCCGCUCCAGUCGACCGCGAGUCUCCCCGGCACCAACCAUCUCGAUGCCGCUCAGGCGCACCUGGUGGGCGGCAGCAUCGUUCCUUCGAACAACUAUCUCUUGGGAAAUCACUCAAGCGUCGGAGGCGGCGGAUACUCGCAAGUGUCGGCCCUCUCGUCCUCGCCGUCUCGAACCUACUUCUCAACGCAGCAACAGCCAGCCUGGUCGCCGGCGCCCGUUCGCACGUCUUACGUCUAG